AUACAAUUGAAGAAGCAAUUCUGGAAUAAAAUGUAAAUAAAGGAUUCCCCCGGAAGCUUCUCGAAGCAUGGCAUGAGGCUAUGAGUCAAGCGUUGUGUGGACAUUAAGUGUUAGGGAGGAGCUGAGCACAAGUAACCCGAGGGAGAGAUAGGGAAGUCUGACCAGGUUGUCAGAUGGAUUGCGCAGCACCUUGAAGCUUCUGACUCUCUCUCCUGGGUGUGAUCACUCUUCACCAAAAUGGGGCUUUUUAUUUUCUCAAGAGGAUUUACAAUACUGAACAGAGCAAUUGUGACCGACACCAGCUCGCGCCUUUAAGUGGAUUUCUGAAUCAAGAUCGACUCCUUCAGUAUGCUGAACCACCCUUUAGCUCCCACUCCGAAGUACCUCUUACUCUGCCUCCUGUUGUUGUCGUGCGGUCAGGAAAAGGCAGCCUGCUCUCCUGGAGACGGCAGGGAGAUUUGGCAGCAGCCCAAGCCGGACUCCAUCAUCAAAGACCAGUCUUUCCUUCAUGAUACGUUCCCUUUGGGAUUCCUUUGGGGGUCAGGGACGUCCGCCCUCCAGACAGAAGGGGCCUGGGAUCAGGAGGGGAAAGGCCCAUCCAUCUGGGACCAUUUCACCCACUCCAAUAUCAGCGCUAAACUGGCACCCGAGACGGCCAAUGUGGCUAGUGACAGCUACACCCAGUGGGACAAAGAUGUGGAGGCACUGGAGUAUCUAGGCGUAAGAUCAUACUAUUUCUCUCUCUCCUGGCCCAGACUCUUUCCAGAUGGAAACGCUAAAAGUCGGCCAAACGCAGCUGCUGUGGAGCACUACAGCCGUCUCAUAGAGAGGCUCCUGGAGAAGAGAAUUGAGCCCAUUGUCACCCUCUAUCACUGGGACCUGCCACAGGUCCUGCAGGAGCACUAUGGAGGCUGGAAGAAUGACUCAAUAGUUGAGCUGUUUGAGGAGUACGCUGCCUUUUGUUUCUACACAUUUGGCAGCCGCGUCAGGUAUUGGCUCACGUUGCAUAAUCCAUAUCUGGUGGCUGUGCAGGGCUAUGGGACAGGUGCGCACGCUCCUGGAGAAAAGGGGGGUCCCGCCAGCUUUCUCAUUGUGGCCCACAACCUGAUCAGGGCCCACGCCAAAGCAUGGCACACCUACAACACCCACUUCCGUCCGGCUCAGAAGGGAAAAGUCUCUCUUGUUUUGGGGUCCCACUGGGUUGAGCCUCAAAGAGGCCAAGCCACAGUCACAAACGUUGAGCUUUGCCAGCAGUCAAUGGAGGCGGCCCUCGGCUGGUUUGCCAACCCCAUUUUUGGUGAUGGGGACUACCCAGUCUCUUUAAAACUGAAGUACGGGGCCCUCUUGCCCACAUUCUCCCCUGAGGAGAAGCUCUGGGUGAAGACGACGGCCGAUUUUUUUGCCCUGUCCUUCGGGCCUAACAACCUCCGUCUGGACCGGGGCCUGGUCCAGUACGGGCAGGCCGUGACCCCGGACCUGAGGCGCAUACUGGGCUGGAUAAAGCUGGCGUACGGGGACCCAAAAGUGCUUGUGACAGAGGGGAGCUGGUUUUCUGAAGCCAGUGUGGGAAAGGAGGACACAGUAGCCCUUUAUCUGAUGAAGAGGUUUAUCAACCAGGUCCUGCAAGCCAUCAGGUUUGAUGGCGUGCAGGUGUUUGGAUAUUCUGCCUGGUCCCUUGUGGAUGGAUUUGAGUGGAAUUAUGGCUACACUGUAAGACGAGGCCUAUUCCACAUUAAUUUCAGCGAACCGAACCGAACCAGGACCCCUAAGACCAGUGCUCAGUACUACAGGCGCGUCGUCAGUGACAACGGUUUCCCCAGCGACGAAACUUUAAAACGGAUCACCGGUCGUUUCCCCUGUGAUUUUCACUGGGGGAUCGCUGACUCCACUUUACAGGUCCAGUUCUACCCUUUCUCACCACAGUUUACUGACCACGGUUUGUACAGCUGGAACGUGACAGGAGACGGAUUGUUGCGUCAGGUCUCCGGGGUGAAGACGCAAACCAGACGAGCCCAGUGCACCGACUACUUGGCCAUUCGUGGUCAUCUCCGCCUGUUUGAGUCCACGGGGGCCUCUCAUUACCGCUUCGCUCUCAACUGGUCACUGAUUUUACCCCAGGGAGACCUAUCUAAUGUGAACAUUGAAGCUCUGAGGUACUACCACUGUGUUCUGUACGAGCUCAAGAGGUUGAACCUGCAGGCCGUGGUCAUUCUCUACCACCCCACACACAGAUCUCCACAUCUAGGUUUGCCUGGGCCACUGCAGGCCUCCGGUGGUUGGCUGAACUACAGCACAGUGGAGGCCUUUCAGGAGUAUGCGGCACUCUGCUACCAGCAGCUGGGGUCCUGGGUCCCAUACUGGAUCACCGUUAAUGAUCCCAACAGACUGAUAGAUAUUUAUUCCAGUUGGACGGAGAAGCAUCAGGCAGCUCAUAACCUUCUUCUGGCUCACGCUAAAGCCUGGAGGCUGUACGAGAGGGAACACUCGGCUCACCAGGGAGCGCUGGUAUCGCUUGCUUUACAUGCCGACUGGGCUGAACCCGCAAACCCCUCCGUUGACUCCCAUACAGCAGCAGCACAGAGGUUCCUUUUGUUUGAGCUUGGUCGGUUCUUGGACCCGUUGCUUGGGACUAGAUAUAAAGAGACGCAUAGCAACGUGGACUAUCCCGAAGAGAUGAAGGCAUACCUGGAGGAAAGAGCUGGAGUAAUGGGCCUCUCCGGUUCCCCUCUUCUUACCUUUACUGAGACUGAGAUGAAAGAGCUCAGAGGGACGUUGAGUUUUAUCGCUCUGACUCAUUUUACCACCCGCUUGGUCGCUCCAUAUCUCCACACACAAGACAAUUUUCAGCAGAAACAACAUCCUGAUCAUGGCUGUCUGAUCCUUUCUGAUCCCACCUGGCCCUCCACCCUGGGGCAGGCUCUAGUACCCUGGGGCCUGCGGAAGGUCCUGAACUGGGUGAACCGGAGGUAUGGAGGGGCUCUGCCUAUCAUUGUCACAGCCAGUGGGGUGGGUGAUCCGGCUGCUGUGGAGGACAGACUCAGGCAACACUUUCUCAAGAGUUAUCUGCAGGAGGCGCUAAAAGCUCGCCAAUUAGAUGGAGUCAACCUGCAGGGCUUCUACGUGUGGGAACUGCAAGAUCAACAUGCCCCCCGGUUUGGCCUCUUCACUUCAACCCACCAUCAAUCUAAGGCCAAAGCCUCUGUUGCUAUCUACAGAGAGAUCAUCACUCAUGGGGGUUUCCCCGACGAUAGAACCACGCAAACCUGCAGGUCUAGUGAGCUGCAUGCACGUUGCUCCGUAUGUGCAUGGAUGUUCAGGCACAAGGCAAUGUUGGUCUUUGCAGGUUGCAUCAUAAUUACACUCGUAAUGUUGGCAGCGCUUGUCAUCUUUGUCAUCAUCACCAAGAGAAACCAGACAAGAGGCAGAGGGAGGAGGGUGAACAGGUGGAGAAGAAGGGACGGAGUCGCUGUAUGCUUAUGUCCACCUGUUAAGUGCUAACUGUAGAGACAUUGAUCUGUAAGGUAUAGCAGACGUACUGUGGCUCAUUGACAGGGAGGAACAAUGAUAUUUGGUGUCUGGUCCAAUGAUGUAUGUAUCUGUGCUUGUAACAAAUGUGUGAUUAGUUUACCAACAAUUACUGUAAAAAAAACUGUCUUCUAUUUUAUUGUAAAAAUGUGUUAUUUGGACGAGGGUAAAAUUUGAAAAGUCAUUUUGUUGGUUAAAUGACCGAUAGAUCAACAAAAUUACUGAAUGCCAAAGAUUCGCUGGCGUACUUGUUUGUACAAUCAUUUGAGCUCUAAACUAUCCGAUAAAGGAUGAUAACUUUUUUUAAACUAAUUGCUUACCUUACUCAUGACAGAAAUAUGCCAAUACCGUGAUUCUGGUAUUGGAACAGUGAGUGAUGAUUACAUAGUCUAGAUCAAAACUCAAAAUGGGACUUUAAUAUAUUAUAGAAUACAUGUAGCUUAGAGUAAUUAUGGAUUUUACAAAUCUUUGUGAGAACAAGGUAAAAUAACAUAUUGAGUAGUAGUAUCCAAUUUGUUCUCACCAAGUGUGAACCUCCACCAGACAAUGACGCCCCCUAGCGUCACACGGUAGAAACAAGGAUCUGUCUUUUGUUCAUUCGUUUUUGAGAAAAUACCAGUACUGUGUAUUCUUCUAUUUUAGUGACUGUGCGUCAAUGUUUGUGACCGUGGACUUUGUGAUAAAGUUGAAUUUCCUAGGGGUUGUCUUUAAAAGCAUAUCUGGAUUUUUUAUGAGGUGUGUAACGUGAGACCGACACACAAAUUGGGGUGGAGGAAUCUGCUUUACUCCAACAUCAGCUGGUGCAACGAUGUAACAGUGAUACUACAACACUGUUCUCCUGAUGUGGAAUUGUUUAUCAAACCCUUUCACUCUCCCGUGAGUUUGUUUCAUUCAUCCUGGUCGGUGUUGACACCACACCGCCCACACCAGCCCAGUACCCCCUUUAAAAAAAUGGGGAAGGGUAUUCAUUUGGACCCCCCCAAUGUCUAAACCAUGGUUACGCCCUUGGGAUCAUAAGCGUAAAAAAGAGGCGUUUGCCAAAAUAACUGAUCCUUGAAUUGAUACAUACUUUGGACUUGAAAGCUGCUAAUCAUAACGGAGUUACUUUACUUAAUUCUGAGGGAUUUAGGACAAACUAUAAAUUAUAUGUAAAACGAUUGCCGUUUUAUGAAAAAUGGUUUUAUGUUUACCUGUUCUGAGAUCACUGCAUUAAAAAAAAUGUCCAAAAUGUCACAAAAACCCUGUUUUUGACAAUAU